AGUCCAUGCUGGACAAGAAUGACACCACCUUCCAGCCUCUGCCUGCUUCUGCUCGGAGCCGUAGGCAUCUUUGCACCGGGCCACUUCACGAAAGGUCAGAAGAACAGCACCCUGAUUUUCACAAAGGGAAAUGCCAUUUGGAACUGCAGCUGCCCUGUAGACAUCAGGGACUGUGACUACAGUUUGGCCAACUUGGUGUGCAGCUGUAAAUCUGUUCUGCCUUUUGCCACGGAGCAGACCAGCUACCACGACGACCUGACCAUCUGGUUCACAGAUGCAGCCACACUGGGCCGGCUGCUGGAAUUCACUCUGGUCCAAGACUUGAAGCUCUCCCUGUGCGGUUCCAACACUCUCCCCACCAAGUACCUGGCUCUCUGUGGGCUGAAAAGGCUUCGCAUCAACGCUGAGGCCAAGCAUCCCUCCCGGGAGCAGAGCUUGCUCAUCCACAGCAGAAGGCAAGGCAGUUCCUCGUACAAAGGCUGCCAAGCAUGUGUGUUCAUCUCAGUCUUAGAUAUGGCUCUUUUCAACAGGGACUCGUCUUUAAAGUCAUACAGUAUUGACAACAUUUCUAGCCUCGCCGGUGACUUCCCUGGUUUUCCCUACUUUAAAACUUCCCCAAUGCCAAACAACAAAAGCUAUGUUGUCACCAUCAUUUACUAGCUUCCCGUGUC